UCCUUCGUUUCGUAAACAGUCGCUGCAUUUGGAUGCAUAUUUGUUUUACUUUAAAACAUGCCCACUCACCGAUUUAUCUUCUCCUUGCUUCGCCGUAAUGGCCACCAUUUACAGUCACGGGAUCGUUGGAUCUCCUCCACCGCCCAUCUCGACAACUCGUGGAUGAACACGAUUAAAGGGGUCUUCACCGGUCAAAAGGACACAGAUUCUUCACAGACCACAUCACAUGAAUCAUUCACUCUCCUACGCUUUGCUGAGGAAUUGAGCAAAGCAAGAAAGGUUGGUUCUUUCAAGAAUUACAUAGUUGGGAGAAGCAGUGCAGCUACUUUUGCUGAUGCAUUCGAAAAGCAGGAGGCCAUUAUUCGAUUCCUUGGAGGUUUUGACCCAACUGGAGAGAAUAUUCUACCUACUCAAAAGCAAGAAGCGGCAAAACGCUGUAAUUGUACUAUAGUUGAGGUGGAGAAUACAUUAGCCAAAUUUACAUGGGCUAAGGAAGCACAAAGGAAAAUUGAAAAGAUGAAAGAAGAAGGGAAACCCUUGCCAACUAGCUUGAUUGAGGUAUUAUUUAUUGUAUCUUUAAAUAACUUGCCCUUUUUUAUGAAAAAUGUGGAAUGCUAAAACUGACAUGCAUUAUCCUUGUUUUUG